CCAAGGCAUUAAAUCAAUAACCUCGCCUCCGACUGUUAUCGGAAUUUGCUUAAGGUUUUCCGUUGAAAACAACUGGAUUUAAAGAAUCAGACGGCUGAGAUUCUGAGGCACUUAAAUCUCUCUUCGACGCAGUUUCGAAGUUCGACGACUGGUUGCUAAGCUGAAGGAAAAGCUUUCUGAAUGGUAGUUUUUAGUUUUUCUGUCGCUCUCCCUGAAUCGUUCUUUUCUAUUUCUUCUCUUUCUUGGUUUCUUCGAGUCUCUCUUCGUUGUCCACUCUCUUCGUCUUCUAUGCGAAGUUGAUCCAUUCCGUCAAUAUGGGAAUCAAAUACAAAGCUACUGUGCCUUCUCUUUUCCUUUCGUUCCUUUUGUUUUCUCUGGUCCUUUCUUCGCCCAAUGAUGGGCUGUUUAGAAUUGGGCUGAAGAAGAUGAAACUCGACCAGAAUAACCGGCUUGCUGCUCUACUUAAACCUGAGGGAGAGGAGCCUCUAAGAGCUUCUACACGGAAGUAUCAUCUUGGCGGGAACCAUGAGGACUCUGGAGCUACUGACAUAAUAUCACUUAAGAACUACAUGGAUGCCCAGUAUUUUGGAGAGAUUGGUAUUGGAACUCCCCCUCAGAAGUUCACUGUGAUAUUUGACACUGGUAGUUCUAAUUUGUGGGUACCAUCUUCAAAGUGCUACUUUUCGGUCGCUUGCUAUUUCCAUUCCAAAUACAAGUCUAGCCUGUCUAGCACCUACAAGAAAAAUGGGAAAUCAGCAGAGAUUCAAUAUGGCACUGGAGCUAUUGCUGGUUUCUUCAGUGAAGACGAUGCCAAUGUUGGUGACCUCGUUGUGAAAGAUCAGGAAUUCAUUGAGGCAACUAGAGAGCCUGGUCUUACGUUUUUGGCUGCCAAGUUUGAUGGCAUACUUGGGCUUGGAUUUCAGGAGAUUUCAGUUGGAAAUGCUGUCCCUGUUUGGUACAACAUGGUUAACCAAGGACUUAUUAAAGAACCUAUUUUCUCAUUUUGGUUCAACCGAAAUCCACAAGAAGAAGAAGGGGGUGAAAUUGUGUUUGGUGGGGUUGAUCCAAAUCAUUACAAGGGCCAGCAUACAUAUGUCCCGGUGACUCGGAAAGGAUAUUGGCAGUUUGAUAUGGGAGAUGUUCUGAUUGGUGGUAAAACAACUGGAUUCUGCUCAGGUGGUUGUGCAGCUAUUGCUGAUUCUGGAACCUCAUUGUUGGCUGGUCCAUCGACUAUCAUUACUGAAAUCAAUCAUGAAAUUGGAGCUUCUGGGGUUGUUAGCCAGGAAUGCAAGACAGUUGUUGCACAAUAUGGGCAAGUAAUAUUAGAAAUGCUAUUAGCAGAGGCACCACCAAAGAAAAUAUGCUCCCAGAUUGGUUUAUGCACUUUUGAUGGGACUCGAGGUGUUAGUACUGGCAUCAAGAGUGUAGUAGAUGAGAGCAAUGACAAGUCAUCUGGUGGUCUGCAUGACACCAUGUGCUCUGCUUGUGAAAUGACAGUUGUGUGGAUGCAAAAUCAACUUAGGCAGAACCAAACACAAGAUCGGAUAUUGAACUACGUCAAUGAGCUUUGCGAUCGUUUGCCUAGUCCAAUGGGACAAUCUUCUGUUGAUUGUGAUAAGCUUUCUUCCAUGCCUAUUGUUUCCUUUACUAUUGGUGGUAAAGUGUUUGACCUUACUCCACAAGAGUACAUCCUCAAAGUGGGCGAAGGGCCUGAAGCUCAGUGCAUCAGCGGAUUUACAGCUUUGGAUAUUCCUCCUCCUCGUGGACCUCUAUGGAUCUUGGGGGAUGUUUUCAUGGGCAGCUACCACACGGUGUUUGACUAUGGCAAUCUAAGAGUUGGAUUUGCAGCAGCAGCAUAAAUGAAUAUUAUGAACCCAACUUGCUCCCCUCUUCCAUCUCUCUCUUUUUCCCUGCUGUCCACACCUCUGAUCCACCUUUCAAUACAAACUUAAAAAAUGGGGUUUGUUGUCUAUAUUGGCUCUUGAAUGAUAUGCUUAAAUGUUCACUUGUCUAUGCUGUCAUGUCUUCCCCUUCCCUGCUCUUAUGAGCCGUUUGAUAACGCUGAAGUGGCUGAACUGAAUGACUUAUUGGUGUGUGAACUCCUUGAUACUUAUCACUUGUCUAUGCUGUCAUGUCUUUGCCU